AUGUCAGUGCCGCGGGAGAAGCAGGGCUACUGGAAGAUAUCCCAAUGGAGCUGGAUGCCGGGCAUGAAGAAGCAUAUGAUAUAUGCUCCCCUGUUUGGCAAACGCCACAACCGAGAGUUCCGCUUCUCAUCUGCCAUCAACGUUGGCACCCUGCCGUCACGGCUUCAUGCUACUCUCCUCAUCUUGUACCUCGCCAGUAACAUUGCGUACAUGUUCAUCCUGGAUUGGACUCAAGCAAACUACUUUUCCUUUUGCGCCGAAUUGCGAGGCCGAGCCGGCACUUUGGGCCUUGUCAACAUGGUUCCCCUGAUCAUCAUGGCGGGGCGAAACAACCCUCUGAUCAAGCUGUUGCAAAUCAGCUUCGACACAUACAACCUCCUGCAUCGAUGGAUGGGCCGCAUUGUUGUUAUCGAGAUCCUCAUCCACACCAUUGCCUGGGCCAUCCCGAGCGUUGCUAACAGCGGAUGGGCCGGUGCCUGGAAAUCCGUGACCCACAGCCCGUUUCUCGGAUCCGGAGGCCUUGGCACUUUGGUUCUGUUGCUGAUGUUCAUCCAGGCCGUCUCGCCUCUCCGACACGCCUUUUACGAGACGUUUCUCAACCUUCACAUCCUCCUUGCCGCCGUGACAUUCGCCUGUACAUGGAUCCACUGCGCUACCGCCAGCAUCCCAGGUGGCCUUCCUCAGCUGUCUUGGAUCAUUACCAUUGUGUCACUCUGGGUAGCUGACCGACUUGCUCGAAUUGCCCGCCUUGCGUGGGUCAACUGGUCCGACAAGGGCUUUGCAGAUGCUUUGUGUGAACCCAUGCCUGGCGACGUUACGAGAGUCACUUUCCGCCUGCCGCGAUAUGUUGACAUCAAGCCAGGAACCCACGCCUAUCUUCGCUUCUGGGGCGUCAACGCAUGGGAGAGCCACCCCUUUUCCAUCGCUUGGGUCGAGCACGAGGUCCAACACUCCCUGCCUGCGUCCGAGAAAGAGCCUCUCACCGCGAUGGACCGCAACAGUGCCUACACUUUGGUAUCAUUCCUCAUCGGCGCCCAGACUGGUAUGACACGAAAGCUCUUCAACACAGUCAGAGCCUCAGAGCAAGGGAUUCGAAUGAAGGCGGCGCUGGAAGGUCCGUACGCUGGACACCACAGCCUCGACUCCUACGGCCACGCAGUUCUAUUUGCCGGCUCUACAGGCAUCACCCAUCAGAUCUCCUACAUUCGACACCUGCUCAACGGCUACAACGACGGCACAGUUGCGACGCGGCGAGUUACGCUUGUCUGGAUUAUCCGGGAGUAUGAAUCCCUAGAGUGGGUGCGCCCAUUCAUGGACCAGAUCCUGCGAAUUCCCAACCGCAAAGACAUCCUCCGCAUCCAAGUGUUUGUCACACGGCCUCAAAACCCUCGCGAUAUUGCCAGCACCAGCUCGACCGUCAAGAUGUUCCCCGGACGACCCAACGUCCCGUUACUGCUGGCCAAGGAAGUCCAGGAACAGACUGGUGCCAUGGUGGUUAGCGUGUGCGGGCCCGGUGCCUUGGCAGACGAUGUACGAGGCGCUGUUCGGUCAGUGCAAGGCCACACGGUGAUUGAUUUCAUUGAAGAAAGUUUCACUUGGUAA